CGAAAGAGGCGAAAUAAUUUGCUUGGACAACAAUUCUUGUUGCGUGAACUGAAACCAAAUCAACAAAGUCCGGGUGACACGCGAGAAAUUCUGUUCACCUUAUCUUUCUAUCCGAGGAUCAGCAUAUUUUACCGCGAACAAAAGCGUAGAAUUAUGACCAAUCACAAGAGAGAAUUCUUUACUAUAGAGUAAACAAAUAAUUCAUUUGGAAAACACUGCAGGUCCGACAGCCUAAAACGAUAAGCUCGCUGUAAAAACCGGAAAAUAUUGCAAUUUUGUAACUUUUAGAUCUGCAAUCUCGUAUUAACCAAACGAAGAAAAAAUGGCGAUUUAUGAUUGUCUCAAACGACAGCAAGAUCCAAUUUGGACUCACUGCGAGGUGGAAAAAUUCUGGGAUGUUUUGCGGCCGUACCUAGCUCAUCUCCUUACCGGUGAAAUGCCACUUCCAGAUUACAGCAUCGACUUCACAUCUCUGAGCUCAAAUAGCGAAAGAGACAAGCAAUUCUGCAUGGACGUAGUGCACGGCUCUUUAUGGAGAGGAAAGUACUCGCUUGCAGUAGCAAAUUUGAAAGCCUUGGAGGCCUUCUUUGAUUGCAGAAACAAAAGCUGCGAUUGUAACAUUGCAGAUCAGCUGCGUUUGCUGGAAGACGUUUUCAAACGCAGGCCUUUGGAAAGGCGUCAUGUCUUGCCGCAAUAUCCAAUGUACUUGACGAACUCCAUAUCACUUUCCAGUUGUAAGAUGUCUGUUGCACAGUUACGUAAUCAAAAUAUCCCUGUUUUACACUGGCAAGAGUUAUUCACGUCUCGGCACCGGUUGUAAACAUGUCAUCUCAUCACCGUAACGUAACGUACCAUAACACUACGUAACGCAGGAUAACAUAUCUGGAUCAAAAUUAAUUUACACCAGUGGAAAGGAAAACAGAUCUUCAGGUUAAGCUCUUGCUUAGCAAGAGUUGGUGGAAAUGAGCUUUAUCUGUCAUCUUUUUACCUGAAUUUUAGAUGUGCGUUAAUUAAAAUUUUAGACUGUCUGACGCGACAAAAUGGUCUGAUAGCUUCCCAUAUGUAAAUUACAAAAAGCAUGGCGCACAAUAUUUUCAAUUUUACUGUAAAUAUACGAUGUAAUGAGAUCAGUAUUGUUAAAAAAUUGUAUUACAGCGGCCGAAACAUGAAAACAAACGCUUUUGCAAGCAUUGAUUCAGCAGUGAAGUGGUGAAAGAUUUCUAAAUAUAGUAGUUAUGUAUAUAUAUUCGCUGAUGUAAUAGUUGAGAGACCGCUAUAUGCAUAGCUAAGAGCUGACAGACUCAACGCUUGAGUUUUUUGAAAGUACUUUAUAAAUUUUUUUAAGCUUUCUUAAUCAAUUUAAUUUUUUUAUCUUAAGGAUCAAUUUUCGGUUCAAACAUUUUCAUGAUAUCAUAGUACAUCACGGUGUACGUAAUUUUCUAUUGACGCAAAAAGCUUUGAAAAAUUUUUAUUACUGCCUUAAUUUCUUUCAAUAAAGCACAGUAACGUCAA